AUGUUGAGAAGGAUAGAUAUAAAGAGACAUCAACGUGAGUGGAUGCAAUAUAUAAGAGGACUAGUUUUGACAUGGGAAAUAGUGGAACAAGAAAUGAAUGAAUUCCUUCUGGAGAAUUAUUCAAAUGAUUUAGUCUUGGAUAUUCAGAAUGUCUCGCUUGCUGAAAUUGCCGAGCCACCAUCAGAUUUCAUCUUGCCACUAUUGAGGUACCAAAAGGAGUGGCUGGCUUGGUCAUUAAAGCAAGAAACUAUAUUCAAAGGGGGUAUUCUUGCUGAUGAAAUGGGUAUGGGGAAGACGGUUCAAGCCAUAGCACUUGUUCUUGCUCAAUGCGAAUUAAAGAAAGCAACUAGUGGUUCCAGUAUAUUGUCGUCUUCACUCGGUACUUCCCAGGAGCUCCCAACAGUAAAAGGAACUCUUGUUGUGUGUCCUUUGAUUGGAGCGUUGCAAUGGAUUCGUGAGAUUGAACGUUGCACGAUUAAAGGAAGCAACAAAACUCUUCUUUAUCAUGGCGCCGAUAGGGAGAAAUGUAUGUACAAACUGGAGGAAUAUGAUUUUGUCAUUACUACAUACUCCACUAUCCAGGCUGACUAUAGGCCAAAAAGGAAAAAGCAGAACAGCAGUGUUGGUGAAGAUGUGUCCAGGAGGAAGUCAGUUCUGCAUUCAGUGAAGUGGGAUCGUAUCAUUUUGGAUGAGGCAAGUCAUACAUUCAUAGAUUCAUGCAUUAAGUUUUUUGUUUUCGUAACUUCGCAUUUCCAGGCUCAUUGUAUCAAAUCUGUACACAGCAACUCCACAAAAGCGGUUCUUGCUUUAGAAUCUUUUUAUAAGUGGGCCUUAACUGGUACACCCCUGCAAAACCACAUUGGAGAAUUGUACUCAGUUGUUCGUUUCUUACAAGUUACCCCUUAUGUUUGUUACUUUUGCGAAGAUUGUAAUUGCACUGGACUUGAUUUUAGCUUCUCCGAUGUGUGCCCACAGUGCUUCCACCAACCUGCAAGCCACUUCCUCUGGUGGAAGAAAUAUAUUGAAGAACCUUUAUGGUCAUACGAUGAUGAAGGUAGAGAUGCGAUGGUGUGGUUGAAGCACAAAAUUCUGAAAAGCCUAUUGCUAAGACGUACCAAAAAAGAGAGAGCUGUUGAUCUUGCACUUCCCACAAAGACUGUUACAGUAAGAAAAGAUUCUUUGGAUGAUAGAGAAUACGACUACUACAAGACAUUGUGCCGUAGAAGCCAAGCACAGCUCGAUAUAUUUGUCCAGGAUGGAAAUGUGAUUAAUAAGCAUGGUCACAUAUUUGCUAUGAUCACACGCCUACGGCAGGCAGCUGAUCAUCCGUACCUUGUGAUGUACUCUAGAAAAGAGUUGGCUAGUGGUGAUAAAGAGGCUAGAGAUGUUGAACAAUCAUGUGACUGGUGUCAUGAUGCAGUGCAAGAUCUAGAAGUUACUUGUUGUAGGCACGUGUUUUGCAGGGCGUGUAUGAAUUAUUUAGCUGAAGGUGUAAUGGAAGCGCCAUGCCCUUCAUGUACCAAACCCCUCACAUUUGACUUCACUGGAAAUAAAGAUAAGGGAGAUUCUAGUUCUAAACCUACUGUCAAAGGGUUUAGGUCCUCAAGUAUAUUGAACAAAAUUCAGCUUGAUAAAUUCAAGACAAGCACUAAAAUAGAAGCUUUGAGGGAAGAAAUUAAGUUCAUGGUUGAAAGGGACGGUUCUGCAAAAGGAAUAGUUUUUAGCCAGUUCACAUCGUUUUUGGAUCUGAUACAGUAUUCUCUUAAUCUGUCGGGCAUCAAUUGUGUUCAAUUAGUUGGAUCCAUGUCUAUUGCCGCAAGAGAUGCUGCAGUUAACAAAUUCACUGAGGAUUCAGAUUGCAGGAUAUUACUUAUGAGUUUAAAAGCUGGAGCUGUUGCUCUCAAUCUUACAGUUGCAUCAAAUGUUUUCUUAAUGGAUCCUUGGUGGAAUCCUGCGGUGGAGCAGCAAGCCCAAGAUAGAAUCCAUCGAAUAGGGCAAUAUAAACCUGUCUGGAUUGUGAGAUUUGUGAUAGAGAAGACAAUUGAAGAGAACAUCAUAGAGUUGCAACAGAAGAAGAAAUUACUUUUUGAAGGGACAGUCGGUGGUUCUUCAGAGGCCUUAGGAAAACUAACAAUGGAGGACUUGUCAAACCUGCUUCAUCGUCACUUUUGAUAUGUUCUAUUCCUUCUGUUUAAUUCCCUGCGAAAUUCUGUACUGUGUUCUGACGUUUGCCCUUAGGCUGUAUGGUGUUUGAUCUGUCCAAAGAGUGUUUCUUUAGCUUCAUCAAUUGUUAAAUUGUUCUUAUUG